GAAGAACAGAGCGGCUUACGGAAGUGUGUUUUUGUUGUCAAAAUGGGAAGACCACGUAAAUAUUUGUCCUGCGUUGAUAAGACAGUGGGCUCACAGCAAUAAGAUGGAGAGUAAAUAGCAGCAGGCUGUCUUUAAUACGCCACACCCUCAGGUUUGUUUGAUUGUUUUUCUUGGAGCUGGAGACAGAGCCGACAUGCUCCGGCGUGUUGCUUUACAAUUGGCUGCCAUUACCUUCUUUACCUUCCUCUGUUAUUAAGCCACAGCCCAGUCCUCUUGUCCACACUGCGGCCGGCUGUCUGUCGGCUUCUCUUCUCAGGCUUGUUCUCCGUUAUUAUGUGUCAUCUACAGCUGAGGACUUUGAUUUUUGUAGCCUGGGUCCUGGGAUACAUCGCCUUCCUGCUCUCCAUCAGGAGGAUGUGGACCGGGAAGUACGUCCGCAGUCCGCUGGUCCGCUCUCUGUUCGCCAACAUGGGGAGCGAGAGCGAAGCGGCUGCCAUCGACUCUCAGGAGUGGUACAGGUGCUAUCCUGACCUGCUUGGAGAAUCCGUUCAGCCGCUGUUCAUUCAGAGCCACCUGGACUCAGGCACUAAAGCUUUCCUGAAGAACAGCGUGGAGAAGUCCGGCUGGAUGUUCACUCAGCUUUAUCACUCGUUCGUCUCCACCGUCCUCAGCCCUUUGGUCUCCCGAACCUCCAUCAACGGGUUUCUGGGUCGUGGCUCCAUGUUCGUGUUCUCUCAGGAGCAGUUCAGGCGGCUGCUCCAUAUCGGCCCAGAGUGGAGAGCUGAGAGACUGCUGGACCUCGGAGCCGGGGACGGAGGCGUCACUGAGGUGAUGGGAGCUCAUUUUAGAGAAGUCUAUGCGACUGAGGUCUCAGCUCCCAUGAAGUGGCAUCUUCAGAGGAGGAAUUACAAACUGCUGGGUAUAGACGAGUGGCAGCAGACGGGUUUCCAGUAUGACGUGGUCAGCUGUCUGAACCUGCUGGACCGCUGUGACGAUCCUCUUCACCUCCUGGAGGACAUCAGGCGAACGCUUGUUCCCAACACGGGACGACUCAUCCUGGCUGCGGUGCUUCCCUUCCAGCCUUAUGUGGAAGUCGGAGGAAGAUGGCAGCGUCCGAGAGAGCACCUCAAAGUAAAAGGAAAAACGUGGGAGGAGCAAGUCACCAACAUGUCCAACGAGGUCUUCUGGAGGGCAGGGUUUGAGGUGGAGUCUGUGACGCGGUUGCCUUACCUCUGUGAAGGAGACAUGUACAACGAUUACUACGUUCUCGAUGAUGCUGUUUUUGUUCUCAAGGCCUCGGAGGAGACCACGGUGUCUGUUCACUGAACACCUGUCGAGGACUUGAUUUUACACCUCAGUGGAUCUUCAGCUUCAUUCAUGAAACACAGUAUUUCUGACAUGUUUAGAAAUGUUGAGUCGGAUGUGAAGCUCAGGUACUGUAGCUCCUACGUUUACCAGCCAUCAUGUGUGACAGUGAUACCUCUCCCUUUAAAGGUCACAUAUUCUGCUAAAUCCUCUUCACCAUGUUUCUCUAAAACUAACAUGUGUCUGUCUGUCUUCAAA